AUGCAUUCGAAGCUUGCCGGUGCACUGGUCUCCUUGAUCGGUGCCAUCCUUCAGGCCACGUCAAAGAAGAUAGCUCAGAUAAUCGUCGCCAGAAUAGUCACGGGUCUCGGUGUCGGCAUCAUGACAGCUAACGUCCCAAUCUGGCAAUCAGAGAUAUCCCAGCCCACCAAUCGAGGCAUCCUUCUAACCAUCCAAAGCGCCAACAUUAAUUCUGGAUUUGUAUUAUCUACCUGGAUCACCUUCGGCACUGCGUAUGUCACCCGCAGCCAAUUUCAAUGGAUCUUCCCAAUCGCCUUGCAGGUCAUCUUCCCAAUAUAUUUGUUGGCUACAGUUCCGUACCUCGUUGAGUCUCCUCGAUGGAUUGCACGUCACCGUUCGCUGGCUGAGGCCACUCAGGUGAUUGCGCGCAUCUGGGAUCUCCCUGAGGAUCAUGAAGACGUCAUGCGAACGAGGUACGAGAUUGAGAUGGCCAUGGAAGCCGAAAAGUCCGGCUCCUUCUGGGAUCUGUUCAUGAAUGGCGGGCAACAGAAUCUUCGACGCAUGUUGCUGGGAGUGGCGGCACUCAGCAUGCAGCAGUUGACAGGCAUCAACUCCGUCGCCUAUUAUGUCCCAGUCAUCCUAAAGGAGUACGUUGGCUUGAGCAACGUUGUUGCACACAUUGCUGCAGCGGCUGGCUCGACUCAGUGCCUCUGCUUCUCUUUCACACCAGUUCUUUUCAUCGAGAAGGUUGGUCGUAGAAAGUGCUUGCUGUUUGGUGCCGCCGCCAUGUCGGUCACCAUGAUCUUGAUUUGUAUCGGGUUCAACAUUCACACCCACGGCGGUGCGAUCAUGGUAACGAUAAUGUACUUCGUCUUUUACGACGCCUUCACCACGACGUAUCUGAACGUCCCCUGGAUGUAUGCUCCGGAAAUCAACUCUCUGAAAAUGAGGUCACAAGGUAUGGCCCUGGCCUCGACUUGCAACUGGCUCCUCAACGGCAUCAUUGUAACAGUCACGCCCAUCGGUCUCCGAAACCUAGGCUGGAAGUUUUACAUCGUCUGGGCCGUCAUCAACGCCUCCUUCUUCCCAAUCGUGUAUUUCCUCUUUCCUGAAACAGGAGGCCGUAGCCUUGAGGAGAUCGGCCAUAUUUUUGCGGGGAAGGGCCAAGGAUGGAGCGGAUUUACACAAGGUGUGCGUGAGAGUACGAAAAAGCCACUCAGGAUCGAAAGAAUGGGUGCUGAAGGCGUGGGAGCGCUAGCAGGCAAGGAAAAUGAGGUGGUUAUGAUGGCUGUGGAAGAACGAGAGGAGAAAGAAUUCGCUACCGCAGCGAAUGUUGAAGAUGUAGGGCGAAAGUUCAGUUGA